AUGUUAAAGCAUGACGAGACCUCUUGCUCUGACAACUCUGGCCGUCUUGGGCGGCGAGGCAAAAGAGCUGCCAUCUAUCGCAUCAUCUUGCCGCAGAUUGUGAAGCUGAUCCGGCGACGACAAGGAUAUCAUCUGGCGCCACGUGUUUUGAGGUUGGGCCGCGGCCGCAUAAUAAAAUAUGGCUCUGCGGCCAUCCUUGCAGAGGCUCAAGCUCUCGACUAUGUAUCACGAAAUACAUCGAUACCUGUUCCUGAAACGAUCACAGCUUUCCAGUCACAAGAGGGGAUCACCUACAUCCUUAUGAAAAGAUGUCCUGGCAUUCCCCUUUGCAAUGCAUUCUCUAAAUUAUCUGUUGUGGAGAAACAAAAUAUCUUGCAGCAAUUACGGGGUUAUAUGAACGAACUUCGUGCCCUCAAGCCACCCAAGCCUGGGCAGGUCGGAUCUGCAUGCUACGGGCUGCUUGAAGACGAGCGGAUUCAAACUUCACCAUGUGGACCAUUCGACAGUGUAGCUGACUUUCAUCGAGCUCUACGAGGAGGAAUUACAGGUCCGAUAGGGCAUGAGGAGUGCGAUCACAUGAUCGCCGCACAGGAUAGGCGGGAUUAUGAGAUAAAGUUCACGCACGGCGAUCUUUCCUUUCGCAAUAUCAUAUAUAAUGAUGGCAAAAUUACGGGAAUCGUGGAUUGGGAGUCCGCUGGCUGGUUUCCUGACUAUUGGGAGUAUACCAUGACUUGGGACUCGUUCUGGGAUAACAGGGAAUUGAGGGAUGAAAUUCCGGCGUUUUUGGACCCUUUCCCAGCAGAGCUUGAAAUGGAACGGACACGAUGGAGACUGUUCGUUGGUUGGUGAUAUCCAAAAGAAUUCUUGUAGACUAUUUAUCGUAGUUGAAAAGCAAAUCCAGAUUCUUGCGUCGUCGUAAGGACCUUUUCGCCGUUGUGUCUUUGAGCCAUUGUCUGUCCUGUUUUAUCAGGUUGGAAGUCUCAUUGGAAGUGGAU